ACACAGGAAGCCACCACUCACUUUUCUCCGUCAUGGCGGCCCGUGUCCUGCAGCAGUGUGUCCGCUCGCUCGUCCGGCCCUCGCUGAGGCUUUCCUCCGGUAACCUGGCAGUCAGAGCCGCUGCCGCUCCGGUGGCAGUCGUCCACCGACCUCUCUCCUUCGCCGCCGACAGCCGAAGGACGCGGUGGCUCGGACAGAGCCGGGUCCCCUCAGUGGGCGUGUUGUGCCGACAGUAUGGAGACCUGCCUCCUCUCACCCUAGACACCAUCAGAGACCGCGUCAUGUAUGUCCUCAAGCUCUAUGACAAGAUCAACCCUGAGAGGCUGCAGACAUCAUCCCACUUCAUGAAAGACCUGGGUCUGGACAGCUUGGACCAGGUGGAGAUCAUUAUGGCCAUGGAGGAUGAGUUUGGCUUCGAGAUCCCCGACGCAGAAGCGGAGAAGCUGAUGAGUCCUGAGGAGAUUGUACAGUACAUCGCAGACAAGAAGGAUGUUUAUGAAUAAUCUGUUCUAUAGAGAGAGGUUGACCCCAGCGCAACCCCACAGGAAGUGCUUGUGAAGCAGAUGGGCACCAAACCAUUUCCCACUUCCUCCCCGUCAGAUGUUCUGUGCAUUGCAGCAUUGUUGGCUGCUGUGUCUUGUGUUUAACUGUAUUUAAAUGAACAUCGGAGAUAAACAUUAAAUCAGUUUUUUUUUUUCAGCUACACCCCGUGGUUCAAAUGUAUAAGUUGUCAUGACUAGAUCAAUAAAGAAAGACACAUGCUGUACA